AUGAGAAAUGUAAAACCACGUCGUCCAAAUUGCUUAAAAGUUCACGAUCUUGUCGUGGGCUUUGCUCCAAUUGUUAAAGAGAUGAUUUUAUUAGGUCGUUCUUCUCGAUUGGUGCUAUUGUUGCAUUUCGGAGACAGACUACGCAACAAGAUCAAACAAAAACAUCCAAUUAGUACACUUAUCUCUGUACAAGAUACAACUUCAGCAGUGAAGUCACAGUUACACGAAAAUUUACGUCGUAAUAGUGAAUCGAUACGUGCCGAAAACAACCUGCAACGGGCUGUCGUCUCUAAUCCGACGAUUGCUAUACAGCCAAAUCAAAUAACACCACAUGACUCAGACGCUCCCACGAAAGUUUUGGAGAGAAUGCCAAAAAUAGUAACACUGUCACAAGAGACGAAGAAGCAUAUAUUCUUUGCCUAUGCAGAAAAAGAUGAAUCUGAUCAUAAAGAGGCUGAAAAACUGAAGAGUUAUUUCGCGCAACAACGAUUAAGAGUGUAUCAUCCCAGAGAACAUGAUGAUAUCAAUACUAAAAUUGCAAAUGGUAUUAAAAAUGCUGCUGUGGUUCUGGUUUUUUCAUCGCAUUCAUUACAAAUAUCAAAAACUGCAUCAAAACUAUUGAAUUACGCUGAUCAAACUAAAACUCCGAUUUUGAAUAUUAAGGUUUAUGAAAAUUUUCAACCUAAAGAUUGGCUAGGUGCUAUUUUAGCUCCCACAAAAAGUUGUUCAACUGAUUUUGAUGAACUUAUGAAGUCCUUGAUGUCUAUGGGCAUAAAAACUAACAGUCUUAUUCUUGAAAGAGACGAAAACAAUGAAUCCCAACCAAUAGCAAAGUAUCUGUUUCAUGGUGGAACGAAAUCAGGAAAUUUAACUGCUACUUAUCAAUAUAAUGGUCAAGAGUUUCCGAUGGAAUUUGAGUUUUUGGGUUUGGAACAAGGCAAAGUAUUUGGUCAAGGCGAUGAUGACGUUGGAGCUUUUACUAUUACUGGUGAAUAUAACCUUGAAGGUAGCCAUGGUAAUAUUGAAAUGUACAAGCAAUAUGUUGGACGACACUCUGUUAUAUAUAGAGGACAGAUUUCUUGCAAGGGAAUAACAUGUGUAAUAGAAGGAAAUUGGGAGAUAGACUAUCAAUCCGAUGAAUUUUCCAUCUAUUUGACUCUUCCAGAAGAAUAUGGAACAGAAAUGGAAAUGAUACCAUCACAUCCAACUUUACGAAGACGAGGAAAUAAAGUUAUGAUUUCCUAUUGCUCAUGUCAAUAUGAUUUAGCUCAAAAGAUAACUGAAGGACUAAUAGCAAAAGAUAUUUCAGCGAUUUGUCCGCCGUUACGAAUGCAAGAGAUGAUGAAAGUAGCAACCGAAGAAGCAAAUGUUGUUAUACCAUUAAUGAGCGAAGCAUACGAAGCAUCUAAUAUUUCAAAAUAUGUUCUUUCUUAUGUCGAUCAAGCUGGUAUUCCUAUAGUUCCUGUGAAAGCACAAUAUCCUUAUUCUCCAAAUGGUUGGCUCGGUGUCAUUUGUGCUGGUGCAUUAUAUACGAAAAUAAUAAGUGAAAAUGAUAUCGAGAAAAAUCUUGAGAAACUUAUAGCACAAUUGCAUCCAUAUAUCAACGGCUCUUUCGAUGAAGAACAACUUGUUGACAGUCUUGUUGAUGGAAGUCUUGCUCAAGGUUAUUAUACGCAAUGGGGACAGCAGUUUGAUAUGCAAUUUGAUAUGUUUGCUAUGACAAACGGACGCAUUUCUGGUCAAGGAGAUGAUACCGUCGGUGGCUUUGUAAUCAAUGGAGAAUAUACCAGUUUACCAGGUGAGGAAAGGUAUGAAUUUCAGUUUAAUAAGCAUUAUAUCGGACAACAUGAUGUUCAAUACUGUGGAACUAUAACUCAGAACGAAUCACAAUUCUUCUUUGAUGGAUACUGGUCUAUAGGUAACUUAACUGAUGGUUUUCAUCUAGAAGUUCCUCGUAGCAAAUCAUUAGGAUCUAAAUGUUUGCAUAUUAUGUUAAGCUAUCAAUGGGAUAAUCAAGAACUUGUUAAACGAGUAGCAGAUGCGCUUAAACAAAGCAAUAUACCUACUUGGUUUGAUAUUGCUGGAGAUAUGAAAGGAAAUAUCAAUACUGCUAUGGCCAACGGUGUUGAAGGUGCUGCAGCAGUUAUUAGUUUUGAUACCACUGCUUAUAGCAAAAGUAUUAAUUGUCAAAAAGAACUUACAUAUGCUUCACAAUUAAAGAAAAAUAUUAUUCCUGUUCUUCUUGAAAAUGAUAUAAAAUUCCAAAAUACAUGGUUAGAAAUGAUAAUAGCUUCCUUUAACAAAAUCAACAUGGACGAUGAUAAUCAAUUCCAGUGCAUUAUUGAUACUCUUGUACAACGGGUAAAUGAAGUUCUUGAUGAGAAAAAAGAUGAAGAAUUUCAACAGCCGCAAGUUAUUACCAGAUUUGAAGGUGGUGCCGUAGAAGGAAAAUAUUAUCAAUGGAGUCAAGGCUUUGAUAUGUUCUUUGAUUUCUUUUCUUUAAGAGAAGGAAGAGUUUCAGGUCAAGGAAACGAUGGAAUCGGACCUUUUACAAUGGCUGGCAGUUAUGAUAAUGAAGGAAAUGUGUCAUUUACUAAGCAAUACGUUGGACAACAUGCUGUUGAAUACAACGGAAAUCUCGAUUGUGAUAAUUUGGGAGGAUUUAAAAUUACAGGAAACUGGAGUAUUGGAGAACUAACAGAUGAGUUCUAUCUGGAAAGCGCGAAUACUUCCAGUUCUGACAAAUCCUAA